AUGCGCCAGUACCCGACAGAACCAGACAUCUGGCAGCCAGCCAGUCAGCAGCACAACAUGGAGAUAACAGCACUGUGCAUGGUAGUGGCGUCUCUGAGAGUCAUUCCCAACAGAUCUCAGUUCUUUCCUUACGAUACUGUCUCUCUGAGCUGUGAGGAGCAGGGAAACUCCUCUGGAUGGAGAGUUAUGAGGAACACUUCAGGCACAAAAGUAAUUUCAGACUGUUCAACAGACUGGGGACAAAUAAAGGACUCCCACUGUUUGAUUGAUGAUCUGUAUGCAUCAGACAGCGGAGUGUACUGGUGUCAGUCUGGAUCGGGACGGUGCAGCGACGCCGUCAACAUCACUGUGACUGCUGGCUCUGUGAUCCUGGAGAGUCCUGGACUUCCUGUGAUGGAGGGAAGUGAUGUCACUCUGCGCUGCAGGAAAAAGACGACUCCCUCCAACCUCACAGCUGAUUUCUAUAAAGAUGGCCUCCGCUUUGGGAACAGCUCCACAGGAGAGAUGACCAUCCACAGUGUCUCCAACUCUGAUGAAGGUUUCUACAAGUGCAGCUUCUCUGACUCUGGAGCAUCACCAGAGAGCUGGCUGGCUGUCAGAGUUUUGCCCUCAGAGUCUCUUCCUGCCACCUCUCGUCUCGAGUACAUCGUGCUUCCUGUGGUGGGCGUCCUGACCUUUCUACUGCUGCUGUACCUCUGGAGGAGAAACAAAAGAAAGGCUGACUCGGCGGACGUGAGCUACGCUGAGGUCAGCAUUGCACAGGAAGUUCAUCCGAGGAGGGAGGCAGAUGUCUCCGCUCCACCGUCUCCCUACUCCACAAUAAAAGCAGUUCACUAAAAAUUUGAAGAAGAGGCGGACAAAGUGGCUCACCUGCACUUUUUUUUUGUGAAGGGACUUUCACAUCACAGGGGAAUUUUACACACCUCUGUCUCGCUCAUCCUGCACCAUGUCUAUCUUUUCUCUCUCUCAUUUCUAAUCUCUCUUUCAAUUGCAUAAAUAAGCAAAAAUUAAAACCCCUUAACCGAGAGAGAAACUUUUUUAAAAAUGUCCCACCAGUGGCGAGUUGUUAUUCUGAAACAGAGAACAUGUGGGUCAAAUAUUUCCUCUUGUGGAUUCGUUGGUUUCACACCACACUAUUUUGACUCUCAUUUUGUUCUCUAUCAUCUUGUUGUCACUGCAAAUGGUAAAAAAAAAAAAUGGUUAAACAAUCACAAUUUCCCAAAUUUUG